AAACCCUAGGAAUCAAUAUAAUUGUUAAGAAAUUGCUCAAAGACUAGGUCUUUUAACUUCGCCGCUUUGUAUCUUCUAAACCACAGUGACAGCUAAGAUGAGUCGUGGAGCAGCCGCGGGACCCAAGGGGAAGAAGAAGGGAGCGUCCUUCACCAUCGACUGUUCUAAGCCGGUUGAGGAUAAGAUCAUGGACAUAUCCUCACUGGAAAAGUUCCUACAAGAAAGGAUCAAGGUCGGUGGUAAAGCAGGUGCUCUUGGCGACUCCGUCACUGUCACCCGUGACAAGAGCAAAAUCACCGUCACCUCUGAUUCCAACUUCUCCAAGAGGUAUCUUAAGUAUUUGACCAAGAAGUAUUUGAAGAAGCACAAUGUCAGGGAUUGGCUUCGAGUGAUUGCUUCCAACAAGGAUCGUAAUUUUUAUGAACUACGAUACUUCAAUAUUGCUGAGAAUGAGGGUGAGGAGGAAGAGUGAAUAUUGGUUUAGCCUUUUCCCUCACCUGUUUGUUUGGUUUAAUUGUUAUGAGGAACCUAGUUUAUCUAUUUCAGGUGUCAAAUCUUUGAACUUGAUUUCAUUGUUAUUUCGAACCCUACUUUGUUUUUCAGUGAAGUUUUGGUUUAAUGUA